AUGCGACACGGCGGCUUCAAAAAUGUCGACGAAUUUGAAGUGAUAGCUCAUCAGGAAAUACAUUUGGCCGUUGCUCCGCGGAUUCGGUCAAACUCGACUAUGCCGUCACAGUGCCAAUAUUCUUGUAAAGCUGUACUUUCUUCAAACUAUUUCUCAAUGAAUUUAUUAAUUUUUCACCAUGAUAUAGCAUACACAUCUAACCUUGCUAAUGUUUAA